AUGGACCUCGCUAUUGACACAAAGUGCUUUGCGGGCUACGUUAGGCGCCAAGGCAGUGCGGCACAGAGACCGGAAACCGAAGUGCCGUGGGUAGUAAAUGUCGCAAAAGUCAUUGUUUCGGCCUGCAUCGUAGUGGAGGAUUGCAUUGUGACUUGA